UCUAAAUCGCUUUUUCCGUGGGGCUGAUCUGUAAUGUUGAGACAAAACGCAACAUGCUAACAGUAGAUGUCAGUCUCUUUUCGCGACGUAUCGGUUCAUUGAUCGUUCGUCACGAGACUCAGUUAGGGAUUAAACCGCGUAUUCCAGGAAAAGCAGAAUGACGUGAGUAAACAACGAAACCGAACGUGUAAAAUCACUGUUACGUAAAUCGAAGGACGCCUCUAAUCAUGCAUCGCGUCAUCGUACUAUUCGCCGCGACUCGCCUCUUCCCCGCAGCUCUUUGCUGCUCGUACACGAAGUGCGAAAACCAUGAAAUCGUCAGUAAAAUCCACACGAUCUAACAUCAGCUUCAUCUUUGAACGUUCAACGUCAUAGUGUUCUCCAUUCACCGGAAAUGAGCAAAUUUUAUUCAACAUACAAUAACCGUCUGCCGAUAGCUGGCCGCUUAGUCGGUUUCGCGUAUUCUAUUUAUAAAAUUCGUUAAGUCGUAAGCUUUUGAGUCAUAGAAUUUCCAUAACCUCGCGUAUACAACUAAUUACACGCGAAUUGCCCACGGUAUGUGGUGGAGCGAUAAGCACCGAUGCACCGGGAUGCGCCGCGUCGCGACCAAGCCUUUGUCGUUGAUGACCGUAAGCGUCCGUGAACGCGCCCGCCCAUCCGAAGUCACGUUUCAACGCCAACCACGGUCGUUAAUUCGCACAUCUGGUUCGCCAGAUCGCACGUCAAAUCCACGCAAGACACAUAAGAAUUAUAUGAUUAAAAAUCUAUGUACAGAUGGAUUGUGUGUUUAGUCUGCGUGAUGAAAAAUAAGAGUAUAGUAUUUUAUAGUUUAUAUAAUAUCGUAUUAAAUUGUAUUAGUGGAAGCUCGUUUUAACGACACUCGAUUCGCGUGUCUUACAAUCCAUCAAACAUCCGUUUACGAGUUUACAUGUUAUCGCGUUACAACACACCGCGAUUAUUCGUUUGUGGACCAUCGCGAGCGCGCGGGCGGACGUGCACGCGCUCGUUCCUAUUCGUUUCUCGCCACAAUGCAGGUGAACGCGUACGCGCCUCUACCAGCGUGCAUCAGUUGCUCGCGAAAUUGCAGUUGAAUCGCGUCUUUUCCAAACCGAAUCCCUAAACCGACCAGUCGUUCGCAGAUAUUCGUUCGAUGACGAUCGUCGCGGCAAUGGGUCGUUUACCGCGUUAAUCGACUCCGAUUCCGCUACUUUGCAGCUUCUUUCGAUCAUUAUCUUCGUUCAGAUUGAUUCAAGUAACUUGCAACUCCUUCGUCUACGUCGCUAUCGUUCAGUUGGCUUCAAAUAUUCUGUCAAAUUUCUUUCAUAUAAAUAUCCGUAAUUUACAUGACUCAUACUCUAUUAAAAUUCCAUUUAUCUAAACUUCUUCCAUCAUUUAACGACAAACACGGUCAUUAGCGACGGUUAUCUGACCUCGUCGAGAAACAAACAAUUUAUAUGUAAUAAUUGGAGUUGGCGUAAUAGGUGCUCGCAAAUUUUCCUCAUUACUUAUUAUUUUUGGUGACGUAGUAGCAGCUUAGCAACGUUCCGAUACGUGAAUGAAUCAACCGGCAAACGUUCACUUAAACGAGCUUCGACUAAAAUUUCGUUGCGAUAAGUGGAAUUCGUCGUUCGAAUAAAAUAAAUGGAACUCUACCAUAUUAGGAUUAUGACAUGGAAAAGAUUUUACCAGCGCAAUUAGCAAACCGAGAGCAAAAGGUUAAAUAUCCACUUGAGAUCGGAUUACUUGCACUCAAGUAACUUGGAUUCAAGUAACUUGACGAAUCUGAACGAGACUUAACAAGAAUCAUGACUUACUACGACUCGUAAACAAUCGGAUUUCCCCGGAGAAACUUUGAAUUUUCGUCCCGACUAUUUUUUAUCCGACUGAACUCAGGGUAGUUACGUAAGCGAAGCUGAUACAUCGUCGUGUACACGACCGCGUGCGAGGCAACGUUCGCGAAAAUCCUUGGCACGAUAUCGAAGCUCGCGGACCGAUCGCGCGCCUGCGCUGCUUGCGCCAUGCGAUCGAUAGACGAGCGAUAAACAUGACGGCGAUCGCUCGUCUUCUCGCGGGGAUCGUGAUAUUCGGCUUUAUCACGAGAACAGAGGGCCGCUGUUCGCACAACAGUUGGGAGAAAAUCGCUGGCGUUAAACCGGAAACCAUCGACGCGCAAACAGUUCUCUUUAGCGCGGUCAACUCAAACGGAAUAACGAAGCAUUGCUUCGAAAGAUGCGAACGCGUAAACUGCACCGCGUUCGUGAUAGACUUUGGUAGAAGCGUCUGCUACAGCGUGCGAAUAGGGGACGACGAACUGGUACCCGAACCGAAUUCUAUCUUUUACCACCGAGUUUGCGUGAGAGUGCCGGCAAGCUGCGCGAAACGAAAACUUUGGCAGGUGGAGAGGAGUCCAGGAGCGGUGUUCAUCGAUUCCAGCGCAUUCCAUCUAUCUGGUCCGAUCACGAGGAAUCAAUGUUACGAGAAAUGCAUAGAGACAGGAAGAAGCUGCGAGUCCGCGCAAUUUCGGACUUCGAAACCUCUUUCGAUCGAGCAAACAGCGUUCGGACGAUGCUCUCUCUCGUUGCACGAACGAGGAACCAGACCGAGAGCGUACAGGGCGUCCAUGUACAGAGACGAGUACCUCAGAGAUCAAUGUCGAAAUCUGUCCAAAGACGAGUAUUGCUCGUACGCGGAAUUCCAAAAUGUCUCGUUACCGUACUCUGACGUCGCUUUGAUGGACCUUGACGAGAAGCAGUGCGAGAAAAGAUGCGACUCGAGCGUGGAUGGUUUUAUCUGUCGGGGAUACACGUUUGCCAAUUCGUCGGGUCAACCACUUUGCCUACUGCACUCGGAAGACACCACCAGUCUAGGAGUUAGCUCGUUGAUCGACGCGACGAACGUGGUCUACAGAGAGCGAGAACCUUGUUUAGAUCUGAAGGUACGGUGCAACAAUUCGACGAUGACGGUCGAGUUGAAAACGAGCGACCCCUUCUUUGGCCGGCUUUACUCGAACGGAUACGCGGAUACCUGCGGCGUUCAAGGUACAGGCAGUAAUCAAACAAUAUUGACGUUACCUAUUCCACCCGUUGACCAGAUUCGCGAAGGUACCCUUCGUUGCGGAUUGCACCCUGCCUUCUCCGUAGACGAUCAAAAUCGAACGCGACCGUUGGUUUGGGCAACGAUCGUGGUACAAUUCAAUCCGAUCGUUCAACGACUUGGUGAUCAAGCAGUCAGGGUUGGAUGCUCGUUAAACGAUCAAGCACCUCCGCAACCAAAAAACGUCACCGUUCAAUCUAGUUUUAGUUUUCUCGAUCCAAACGCAGGAGUGCCGCCGAUCUCUUCAACGAUCGUCAACGCGUCCUCGCAGGCACCGAUAGUCACCAUGAGGAUAUUAGACGAGAACUCGGCAGUCGCUAUGGUCACGCAUUUAGGUCAGAAGCUCACUCUGAAGAUUCAACUGAGUCCACCAGAUGGUCCUUAUGACAUUACUGCCGGACACUUAGUAGCGAGCAGCGCUUCUGGCGAUGCCUCGUAUCUACUAUUAGACGAACUCGGAUGUCCCACCGAUCCAACCACCUUUCCUGCUCUCUCAAAGGAUCCAGUCGAUGGUCGUUCAUUAAUCGCAACUUUCACAGCCUUCAAGUUCCCCAAUAGUCAACGAGUCCGUUUCAACGUACUCGUCCGAUUCUGCUCGGACAAGUGCAUACCGACCAACUGCAACGGCGAUAAACCUUCUUAUGGAAAAAAGAAACGAGCUAGCGAGUCUUGGAGUACGCAGACAACCUACCACACCGAAACAACGCCAACGUCCAAGGACGAAACUCCGGACGAGUUAUCGCUGGAACUCUCCAUAAUCGUGCAAAAUUCUGUCGCGUCGUCGGCUGAUCGUUUAUCUUCGAGGGAAAAUUCGUCUCCUGAUACCGUCCUAAUCGCCGGAGGAAGUGAGUUUCGCAAACUUUUGCAAUCUCCAAACCAACUGAAAACUUUUCUUUUUAUUUCGCGUCCGAUUUUGCUCGCGUAUUAUUUCUGUUCUAUCUUGCCCUUAGAUUCUGUGGACGGACUGCUCUGCGUCGACGCUAGUCUCGCUUUGAGUUUACUGAUCUUCUUGUUGAUCGUCCAAAUAGCGCUUAUCGUUGGCUGUCUAUUGACCGUUGCACAAUACAGAAGAACAGCCAUACGAGCGGAAGAAGACAGAGCCAAUAUCCUAGCCAGGCAUCUCUACGGCAUUCACGGAGGAAACUUGGACGUAGCGCGGAGAGUCAGAUGGGCUGAUCACAAUCUUUCCUCCUUAUCUCGUGACUGACUCACUCUGAUUGGAUUGCUCGCAUAGCUACAUUUCUUCUCCCCUCUCUUUGUCAUUGACACGUUUCCAAUCGGUUUCUUUACGAUGAUUGAAUGGAUGGUAGGAAAGAACGUGAGAUACAAGGCCGCGGAAGUGAUUAUUUUCAACCAAAACUUGUAUUAAAGAAGAAACAACGAUGAAUAGACAAUUACGUAACUACGCGGUAAA